UUGCGCGGCCAACGUCAGACGGGAGCACUUCUCUCCCUUCGGGGCGCGCGAAGAAGGAGAGGUUAGGUUUGCUCGCGGCGAUGGCGGCGAUAAAGGGCCUGGGUAGGAAUAUCCCUUACUUGAGGCAACAGGCUGCAGCUUUGCUAGGCAACACGAGCACCAGCGUCAAGUUCAUCUGCGUCGUGGUGUUGUUCUCUUAUGGUCUAUCUUUUUCCGAGGAAGCGGUGCGCAUCCUGAGCGUAACACCAGGUUACCUUCUGCCACCGGUCUUCUGGUUCUGGACGGCCUUCACCUUUUGCUUCUUGGAGAUACACUUUUGGGAAGUAUGCGCGGACAUCGUCACCGUAGGCCUCUGCGGCAAACUGAUCGAGCCUCUAUGGGGCGCUUUCGAGAUGAUGACCUUCUUCGCCAUCGUCAACUUUGGCGUAGCCGUGCUCUCGGCGCUCUUCUACCUGUUCCUCUAUAUGUGUACCAACAAUCCGGAUCUGCUCUUUAACACACACAUACAUGGAUUGACUGGCUAUAUUGCAGGAGUUGCAGUGGCAGUGAAGCAAAUAAUGCCAGAUCAUAUCUUAAUCAAGACACCCAUUGGAAAGAUCACAAAUAGAAAUAUACCCUUAAUGGUAUGGAUUGUGGGAUUGAUAUUAUGGCUUAUUGGAUUAUUAGAAGGUACUCAUCCCACUAUGUUUCUCAGUGGACUGUUAAUAUCUUGGAUAUAUCUAAGAUUUUAUCAAAAACACAAUAAUGGUACUCGAGGAGACAUGGCAGAUAAUUUUACAUUUGCGAGCUUUUUUCCAAAUGUCUUGCAACCACCAAUAGCAGUAGUGAGUAACACUAUACAUGGAUUUUUUGUACGUAUUGGACUUUGUCGAAAAGUAGUUAGAAGAUUUGACAUGUCCAACACACCGCCUGGCUUGGUUAUUAAUCUUCCUGGUAUUGAUCCACAUGAUAGCGAACGGCGCAGGCAAAUAGCAUUGAAAGCACUGAGUGAGAGAUUAAACAAAGAUCACGCAAAACCUUGGCAACCAGACAGAGCUAAAAAACAUUCUCCUGUUCCUCCUGCAGUUUCCAUACCAAUACCUGAAUCCACCACACCUAAACCUCUUGCAUCACCGCUUAUUCCACAAGUCAGUGUCAAUAUACACAAUCAUCCUUCUACUAGUACGUGAUUAUAUGAGACUGACUAAAUUUCAAUAGGUUUAUAAAUUGCAUUGAAAAACUUCUAAAGAGUACACAUAUUUAUAAGGCAGGUUUAUAAUAUGGCUAUAUUCAAUAAUGAGUCUAAAACGUAUUUUUUUAACUAUGUAUCUAUGAAUGGAACAUAUAUUAUCGUUAUUAUUU